AUGGGUACCUGCCUCGGCUGCCUGGGCACCUGGCUCUCAAGAGUGCCCUCGCAGGAAACGUCCAACCCCCUACCAGCUCAGGGCGAUUUACCCGACUACCCCUGGAUUCAGCAGGUAGCGUCUGCAGCAGGAGGCGCCUUCGAACCUGUCUUGGGUCGUCCUCUGGGGCCCUUGACAUUGAAGCUUAGCACGCCCUUCGCAGGCUGUGCGCCUUUCGUAGACGUCAUCAAUGAGAAGCCUAGCACCAAAGCCGAGGUCGAAUUUGCACUGCUUCGACGCAAGAUCCAACAAGCCGGCCAUGACCCGCCUGAUCUCUUCUUGUGCACACUGGAGAAUCUUCCACAUGUUCGAGGGGUCACCUGCAAGCAUGUCUAUGUCGCGUUGUUCAAGGUCUUCGCACCUGCGAGGGGGGUGCCCCCACCGCAGCUGAAGGACAAUGUUCAUGCAUGGCCCAUCCGUCACCAGUCGGGGUUUCACAAUGACACAGUGGUCAUGGAUCUUGACGGACGAGACGGCAGUGGGGUUUGGCACUCAUAUCGGCUAUGUCACGAGAAGAGUUGCCCUGGAGUGCCCUCUCCGCCUUGGGGAUACUCCGAGCAGGACCCAGAGCUGAAGUAUUGGCAGGGGUUACUGGAAGAAGCGGAGCGGCUGACCUCCGUCAGCUUGGCAUCACGCUGUUGUGACACGCCCGAGGAAGCCUUAAGCUACCUGAUGGUGCAGCUUGCAGACAUGAUCUUUUCCUGGGACAAAGACUUUUUCGAGAUGGCGUGGCUAGCGCGAUCGUUCGAGAUUGGAAAUGCUGGUAACUUGCCGUCAGGCAGCUGCGGAACCCCAGUCUUCAAAUUUGGGACGAAACAGGUUGCGGGAAUGUACUCGUGCGUGACUGCCGAUGCGCCAUGGAAGUGUGUUGGACAUGCGCCAGAAGCGGAGCCCGAUGUCCUCCCACACGUCAGUUUCGUACGGGUCCAGAAACUCACUGAGGAGGUCUUGUCCGAGUCGAGGGGGCCGACCUCAUCCGAGAGUUUGGGGCCGGAGUGGGAUGACUGGGAGGCAUGCUUCCGACCCAGUGAGUCAGCCGAGAUCGGGGUCGACUUGAAUGAAUGCAACCUCCAGCGAUUGAGUGAUUGCAUCUAUCGCAUUUCUGACCUGGAUGUUGACGUGCAGCAACUCCGGUUCACGCAGAAUACCAUUAGCUGUCGCUUCCGUGAUGGCCGCUCCGUCAAAUCCUUGGCUGAGGAUCUGCGUGCUGGUGCGUCAAAGGCCGCAGAUCUACCGAAGCUUCAAGUCUUCGAGUAUGAAGAUGCAUUGUACUCAUUGGACAAUCGUCGGUUGUUUGCCUUGAAAGUUGCAGGGAUUAGCCGUAUUGUGGCAGAGAAGGUUCAGGUCCGCCGCGACUUGCUGAGCAAGAAGCUAACCACGACCAGUUCAGGCCGUAUCGUGGUCUUCGCAAAUGAUCCCUCGAUUCCUGAUGUUGCCGACUUCAACAUCCUUGUUGACAACUGCUCGGGAUCGCAGCCAAACUGUUCCCAUCGGGUUCAGGUGACACACAUGGGAUCUACACGCCCUACUGAGCAAGUCAUGACUGCACAUGAGAUCGUGAAGAUUCAAGCGAAGAACAGGUUGCCCGUAGACGAACGUUUUCAACCAGUCUUCAUGGAUGUCAUGCUUGGCCUUGCUUUUCCUCCCAAACCAUCAGCAACUCAGCCUCGGCGCAAGCAGACUGAGAAGGCGAAGGUUGACGGCAAGAAGCCAAGAUAG